UAAACUUUGCCUCAGGCUUUCAGUUCGUUCUCACAGAUUUGAGGACCCUCAGUCAAGACAUAAAAAAAAAAUGACAGAAAACGAAGAGUCUCCUCCUAUGGAAGACAACGGCGCAGAAGGGGCAACUGAUCCUGAGUCAGAAGUACCUGGCAUGUCCAUGGAAGAGAAACAAAACUCUCAAUUUGAGGAGGAAAACACUGGGUCACCUCAUGAAAAAGAGAAAGAUGAUAUAAUGAACCCACUCCUACCCUCACAUCUGGACCUAGAAGUAAAACCACCACUAACCACUAUAAAAACUGGUGUUAUUAAACACAGAAGACUCGGAUUGCGAAAGAUAAAAAACAUUGAACAUGCAUUACCAACUGCUGUACCCGCCCCAGUCCAAACUGCUAUAUCAGGGAAACGCUCUGUGAUAUUGUCAAAUGAAGCCCAGCAGGAGAGAGUUAAACUGGUCAGAGCUUUCAAAGAUGAGCGCAGAGCAGCUCUUGAUUCCCGACACAGAUACCUCAUCUCUGUCAUUGCAGAGGCCAUCAGCCUGGCAGACAUGGAAGUUGAGGAAGCUAUCAUUGCGGAUGAUAAGUUCUACAUGAUCGAGGAAUUCUUCUCAGCCAAUGGCUCAAAAAGUCUCAUGUUGUUCUACCAAGCUACUGAAUCGUCCAAUUCUGGGAACGACACCUCGAAUGUAGCCAAAGGACAGAAGAAGCUGUUCAUUACAUCAGGCGAUCAUGAGGCUCUUACUGGACAGUGUUUGUUUUUCUUGAGAAUCACAGACAAGGCCAUAACAACUACAAACAUAUCCCAGGAGGUGAAUUUUGGAAUGCUUGACUGCUCAGAGUCAAGUAUCCUGCACAAUCUGGAGUUUCUUUUGACUCAAGUCAUGAACCAAGCCCUCAAGUCGCAGGAGGACUGGGGAGCUAUAAAAGAUGGCCAAAUGAACCCAGAUGUGCAAAACUUCCUGAGAUCUGUGGAUAAGUUCACUUUUACCCUCUCUUCAGUGAUGAGGAACAUGGAGGAAAAGUUUAAGCUUCAUCACAUUCCAUCAGCCCCUGAUCUAAGUCACAUACAGAAGCCUGAAGACUAUAGCUAUGCAGCUAAUAACUCAGAGCUGGUUGAAGAUCUGGAAGCAGUGCUGGUAUACUGGGCCAAGCAGAUCGAGCAAGUGUUGACAGAGAGUGAACGCAUUAGGAGAGAAUCGGAUGAUAUUGGACCUUCAGCAGAGUUGGCACACUGGAAGCGCAGAAUGAUCACCUUCUGCAGCCUUAUGGAUGAAAUCAAGGAUCCCUAUGUGAAGAAGAUUAUUGGCAUAUUGCAUGCAGCUAAGUCCAAGACAAUGAGCAAAUGGAAAGAACUGGAUGCCAGUAUUACAAUUGUAGCCAAUGAGGCUAAAGAUAAUGUGAAAUAUUUAUCUACCCUUGACAAGUUCUUUGAACUUUUGGAAAAAAGCACUCCGACCUCCAUGCUGAAACACAUUCCCAAACUGAUGAACAGCAUACACAUGAUUCAUAGAGUGUCUCAAUUUUACAACACCUCCGAACACAUGACAUCUCUCUUUGUGAAAGUCACGAAUCAAAUGGUAACCACCUCCAAAGCUUAUCUCUGCCAGGGGGUGACGAAAGUCUGGGAGUUGGACAGAAAGGAAUUGCUCAAGAGGAUGAAAGAAUGUAUUGAGUUGAACCAGGAGUACCAGCAAUGCUUCCGCCAAAUGAAGGAGAAAAUACAGCAGAACCCUCAUGAACGCCAAUUAGAAUUAAGUGAAAACUACAUCUUCGGAAAGUUUGACACAUUCUGCAAACGUCUGGAGAAGAUAACAGACAUGGCAACGACUCUUGAAGAUUUUUCAGUUCUGCAGUUUAUGAAAUUUGAAGGUGUUGAGAAAAUAUACAUGCGCUACCAAAACAUCGUGUCCACCAUCAAAUCCAAGACCUACAAUGUGCUUGACCAUCGCAAAUUAGAGUUUGACAAUGAUUACAUCGAGUUCCGAAAUCAAAUCCAGGUGCUUUAUCAGUCUGUUGAUGCACUGAUUGACACAUGGCUUCAACGACCACUCACUACUGAACAGGUCCUUGAGCUGUUGUCCAGAUUUGAGAACGGUGUGGGCAGACAAAUGGACCUCAACCAGAAAUACAUGGUAGUUCUGCAACGCUACGAAUGUGACCUUGAGUUUGUGCGCAAAUGCUACCAAAAAGAAAAGGACAAUCCCGUUUCACAACUAACCCCUUUGGCUGGCAAAAUUGAAUGGUCAAAGCAUCUGUUUAAAAAAAUUGAGUUGCCCAUGCAAAUUCUAAAAGACAAAUUGGACAUUUUGCAGAUGCCAGACAGGAGGAAGAUUAUUCGGUCAUACAACAGACUCGCUGCGGUUCUCCUGGAGUAUGAAAUGAUACAUCAAAAAGCUUGGGUUGAAGGUGUGGAAUUGGGACUCUCUGGUCUCAAUGCUUCGCUGCUGACCAGACACCCAACAACCAAGGAGUUCUAUGUAAAUCUUGAUCCUCUGGUCCUGGAGGUGUUGCAAGAGGCAAAUAACAUGUAUAAACUGGGUGCUCUUGUACCUGAUGGUAUCCAUGACAUGGCUGCCAAAGAACCACAGCUAAAGGAGUACCGUUACAAAUUACAGAUGAUGCUGAAAGAGUUUCAUGCAGUCGUCAAGAAGAUACCAGGUGUAUUAAAGUCCCCGAUGAAGCCCUUCAUCAGAUCUGUGGAGACUGCUCUGUCCCCUGGGCUGACCAUUCUUUCAUGGACGUCUCUCAAUAUUGACUAUUUCAUAGGUUGUGUGUACAAGGCAUUACAAGAGCUGGAGCAAGUACUGAAGGUGGUUACAGAUAUCCUGGAUUGUCGGAUUAAUCAUACCUUAGAGUCCAUGUGUUCGACCACACUGCUGACACUACCAGAAAAUGAACCAGUUACACCCGAGAUGUUUCUCACUCAUACAGCGGCCACCAUCAGCACUGAGAGAGAAACGCUGAAAGUUGCAAGUCAGCAGGUGGAGCGCUCAAUGUUAGAGAUAGCCGAGGAGCUGAACAGAAUGCUGAAACCCUCAGAAAGAGUCAACUUGAAGAAAUGCAGUUGUCUGCAUCCUGACGCCAAGCAGAUGACUCGUUGUCUACAAUGCCUGCCGUGUGCUUUCUACAUAAUGAUGGGGCAGUUGUGUCAAAGGAACACAGAAGCCCUGGUCACAGCUACCAAAUCUUCUUUAAAUGCUUUGCAUCGUCGUCUGCUUGCUGCGAGCUCCUCAUAUCGUUCUUCAUCUCCAAGUGGAGCUACCAUCCAGGUUCCUCUUUUCAGGGUUUCUGUUGAGCUAGCCAUUCCCAACAUUGUCUUCAGACCAAGUUUUGAGCACAUACAGGGCAUACUCAAUAAAGGUGUAAACAUGGUGCUUUCUAUGGCAAAGGACAUUCCACUUUGGAACUAUUUCCAUUUACAACAAGAUCAAUUGCAGGCAGAGCAGGUAGCAGCACGAGAGCAUGGAGAUGAAACGGUGGUCUCUAAACCAAUCCUGCUGAGGUCUCUGGACAGACAUGUGACAGAGCAUAAGGAUGUGAAUAAGUCUCUCUCCCAGCUUGUCCCUUUGGUGUCCUCCCUGAAAGCAGAUGCUGGGGACAUCCUGGAAGAUUUGUCUCAGUUUUCAGCCUUGUGGAACCAGGACCCUGCAGAGCAGGUGAAGGCUUUUUUGCAGACCAACCCAAUUUUGGCAGAUUUCAGUACCCAGCUAUCUCUAUAUUCCGCUUAUGAGACCCAAAUUCAUGAGCUUCCUCAGACAUGCACUGUGGGCCCAAUCCUCUUCGAAACCGAGUCCCUCAAAAUGUCCCUCAUUCAAGAGUGUCACACCUGGAAACGUGAAUUCGGGGCGGCUCUAAAUCAGCAGGCCUCAGCGGGUAUGACUGAGAUUAGUUCGUUUGUGGAUGGGGUGAACAGGCAGCUACAGAGGCCCAUCUCUGACCUGGAUGACGUGAGGGAAUCCAUGGGCGCCCUGCGUGAGUUACGAGAAGAGGAGAUACGAAUAGAAACCAUCAUGGGGCCGGUGGAGGAGUCGUUCGCCCUGCUGAAUCGCCACGAUCUGUUCUUCAAUGACGGAAACGCAGAAAGGAUUGAUGGGGUUGUGUACGCUUGGAAGGAACUUAAAGUGAUGGCUAAAGAAACUCAGAAAAAACUUUCAGACGUUGAACCUCACAUGAAGGCUGAGCUUAUAGCUGGGGUUGAGGUCUUCCAGAAGUCUGUAGAAAGUUUCUAUGGAGACUAUGACAACAGUGGUCCCGGAGUUACAGGUUUGCCGCCACGUGAAGCCAGUGACAGGUUACAAGUUUAUCAGGCCAAGUUUGAUGAACUGUGGAGGAAAUAUGUCACCUUUUCCAGUGGCGAAGAACUGUUUGGUCUGCCUGUUGGAGAAUAUCCUGAUCUUCACAGAAUCAAACGAGAGCUCAACCUCCUCUCCAAGCUCUACAGUCUUUACAAUUCUGUCAUUGACAGCGUUUCAGGCUACUAUGACAUACUAUGGGCCGACCUCAAUAUAGAGAAGAUCAACAAUGAGCUGCUGGAUUUCCAGAACAGGAUCCGCAAGCUUCCUGCAGCUCUGAAAGAAUGGCAAGCUUUUAAUGACCUGAAAAAGACUAUCGAUGACUUCAACGAAACCUGUCCUCUACUAUACAUGAUGGCAAAUAAGGCAAUGAUGGCCCGACAUUGGGAGCGGAUAACUGAUCUUACCAAGCACAAGUUUGAAGUGGAAGCUCCAAAUUUUAGCCUUCGAAAUGUUAUGGAAGCACCUUUGCUAAAGUGCAAAGAAGACAUUGAGGAUGUGUGUAUCAGUGCCGUUAAGGAGCGAGACAUUGAAGCCAAACUCAAAGAUGUUGUAACUGAAUGGAGCGGCCAUCAGUUCACAUUUGCAACAUUCAGGAAUCGUGGAGAGCUGCUGCUGAAAGGAUCCGAUACUUCAGAGAAGGUGGCAUUAAUGGAGGACAGUCUCAUGGUGCUUGGGUCUUUAAUGAGUAACAGAUAUAAUGCUCCAUUUAAGCCCACUAUCCAGCAGUGGGUGCAGAAGUUGUCAAACAGUUCAGAGGUGAUCGAGAAGUGGCUCACAGUACAAAAUCUGUGGCUGUACCUGGAGGCUGUGUUUGUGGGUGGAGACAUUGCCAAACAACUGCCACAGGAGGCUAAACGCUUCCAGAACAUUGACAAAUCAUGGCAGAGGAUAAUGCAGCGGGCACAUGAGAUUCCUGGUGUGGUUCAGUGCUGUGUCGGGGAUGAGACGCUGCAACAGCUGCUGCCACACCUGCUGGAACAGCUGGAAGUGUGUCAGAAAUCUCUGAGCGGAUACCUGGAGAAGAAACGUCUCGUCUUCCCGAGGUUCUUUUUCGUCUCUGACCCCGUCCUGUUGGAGAUACUGGGUCAAGCAUCUGACUCACACACUAUACAGGCUCAUCUCUUGAACCUUUUUGAUAAUGUGAACAGAGUUGUGUUUCAUGAGAAAAACUAUGACCAGAUACUGAGCUUUCAGUCACAGGAAGGGGAAACAGUGAAUAUGAGUGAACCAAUUAAUGCCCAGGGCAAUGUUGAAGCCUGGCUGGGUAUGUUACUUGAUGGAGUCAAGAAGACCCUUCAUAGCAUUAUAAGACAAGCUGCCAUGGUCAUCGGUGAUCAGGGCUUUAAACUGGUGGAGUUCCAGUCGAUGUUCCCUGCUCAGGUCGGACUGCUCGGCAUACAGUUUAUCUGGACCAGAGAUGCUGAGGAAGCUCUGCAGCAAAGCAAGGCUGACAAGAAGAUAAUGCAGACAACUAACCAGAAAUUCCUGGAUCUUUUGAACGAACUGAUUGAUAUGACUACUCAUGAUCUGACCAAGAUGGAAAGAACCAAAUAUGAGACACUCAUCACCAUACACGUUCACCAGAAGGACAUUUUUGAUGACCUGGUACAAAUGAACAUCCGGUCACCAUUAGACUUUGAAUGGCAGAAGCAGUCUCGUUUCUACUUCAUAGAUGACACAGACAGAUGCAUAAUCCAAAUCACAGAUGUGGAGUUUGAUUACUGUAAUGAGUAUCUGGGCUGCACUGAUCGUCUUGUGAUUACACCUCUUACUGACAGGUGUUACAUCACAUUGGCCCAGGCUUUAGGGAUGAGUAUGGGAGGAGCUCCAGCUGGUCCUGCAGGCACAGGAAAAACUGAAACCACCAAAGACAUGGGCCGCUGCCUGGGAAAAUACGUAGUUGUCUUUAAUUGCUCUGACCAGAUGGAUUUCCGUGGACUGGGCCGCAUCUAUAAAGGAUUAGCCCAGUCUGGCGCAUGGGGCUGUUUUGAUGAGUUCAACCGCAUUGAACUGCCUGUGCUCUCGGUAGCUGCUCAACAAAUCUACAUCGUCCUGCAGUGCAAGAAGAACAAAAAAUCUCAGUUUAUAUUCACAGAUGGAGAUGUGGUGGAUAUGGAUAAAGAGUUUGGCAUUUUCCUUACUAUGAAUCCAGGUUAUGCUGGUCGGCAGGAGCUGCCUGAGAAUUUGAAAAUUCAGUUUCGCACAGUGGCUAUGAUGGUGCCCGACCGAGCCAUCAUCAUGAGGGUGAAACUCGCCAGCGCAGGUUUUCGGGAAAAUCAAGUCCUCAGCCGCAAGUUUUACACUCUGUAUAAACUGUGUGAGGAACAGCUUUCCAAACAGGUCCAUUAUGACUUUGGCUUGAGGAACAUCUUGUCUGUUUUAAGAACGUUGGGUGCUGUUAAGAGGUCCAAUCCAACAGAGCCAGAAAAGACUGUGGUCAUGAGAGUUCUGCGUGACAUGAACCUCUCCAAACUGGUUGAUGAAGAUGAGCCUCUGUUCAUGAGCCUGAUCAAUGACCUGUUUCCGGGGAUCAUGCUGGAUAAAGCUGGUUACCCUGACCUGGAAGCUGCUAUCACCAAACAAGCUGAAGAAGCAGGACUGAUUGCACACCCACCCUGGAUUCUUAAACUUGUGCAACUGUAUGAGACUCAGAGAGUGAGACACGGUAUGAUGACCCUUGGUCCCAGUGGAACAGGAAAAACCACGUGUAUCCACACGUUAAUGAAAGCCAUGACAGACUGUGGAAAUCCUCACAAGGAGAUGAGGAUGAAUCCCAAGGCCAUCACUGCCUCCCAGAUGUUUGGCACAUUGGACGUGGCCACAAAUGACUGGACAGAUGGUAUCUUCUCCACACUCUGGCGGAAAACUCUAAAAUCCAAGAAGGGAGAGCACAUAUGGAUUGUUCUCGAUGGUCCAGUUGAUGCCAUCUGGAUCGAAAAUCUCAACUCUGUCUUAGACGACAACAAGACCCUCACCCUGGCCAAUGGAGACCGAAUACCAAUGGCUCCCAACUGCAAGGUGGUAUUUGAGCCUCACAACAUUGACAAUGCGUCUCCUGCCACCGUGUCCCGCAACGGAAUGGUCUUCAUGAGCUCCUCUGUUUUGGACUGGCAACCCAUACUGCAGGCCUGGCUUAAAAAGAUCCCGCCAAUGCAGGCUGAUGUGCUGCUGGCCGCCUUCAACUCGAUCUAUCAGGAUUUGAUGAAUUUUGUCUUCACUGCCGUGUCCCCCAAAAUGCAGCUGCUUGAAUGCAUGUACAUAAAGCAGACCAUUGAUUUAUUACAGGGCCUGUUGCCAGCCGUUGAAGAGAAGAACCUAAAUGCGGCUCACAUCAACCGCCUUUUCAUUUUUGCUGUCAUGUGGUCUGCUGGUGCUUUAAUGGAACUAGAGGAUCGAGCCAAGAUGGAGGUGUUUCUUAAAAAGCACAAUGCCAGACUGGACCUUCCCAGCACACAGGGAGAACAGACCAUCUUUGAGUUUUUGGUCAGUUCCACUGGAGAGUGGGAUCUGUGGGCUACAAGGGUGCCAGAGUAUAUUUACCCCAAAGACUCGGUUCCUGACUACGCCUCCAUUCUUGUACCCAAUGUCGACAAUAUACGGACUGACUUCCUGAUGCAAACUAUCAUGAAGCAAGGCAAAGCUGUGCUGCUUAUUGGUGAACAAGGAACAGCCAAGACUGUCAUGAUAAAGGGCUACACCAGCAAGUAUGACCCAGAAACCAAUUUGAGUAAAAGCUUAAACUUUUCCUCGGCCACCCAGCCUGGCAUGUUUCAGCAGACCAUCGAAAGUUACAUCGACAAGCGCAUGGGCACCACCUAUGGACCUCCUGGAGGAAAGAAGAUGACGGUCUUUGUUGAUGACAUCAACAUGCCGGUUAUCAAUGAGUGGGGCGAUCAGAUCACCAAUGAGAUUGUUCGUCAGCUGAUGGUGCAAGGAGGUUUUUACAGCCUGGAACGGCCUGGCGAAUUCACCACUGUGGUCGACUUGCAGCUGGUGGCUGCCAUGAUCCACCCCGGAGGAGGCCGCAAUGAUAUCCCUCAGCGUCUCAAACGCCAGUUCUGUGUGUUUAACUGCACUCUGCCAUCCAACUCCUCCAUAGAUAAGAUCUUCCACACACUGGCCAGUGGUUACUUUUGUGUAGAAAGAGGCUUCCCGGAAGAGGUGUGCUCUCUGGCUGCUGCCCUGGUCCCCACCACGAGGAAAGUGUGGCAAGCAGUCAAAGCUAAGAUGCUGCCUUCCCCUGCAAAGUUCCACUACAUUUUUAACUUGCGAGAUCUGAGCAGGAUUUGGCAGGGGAUCCUCACCGUGGGCUCAGAAGUGUGUCAGACGCCUCAACUGCUGGCGUCUCUUUUCCGCCACGAGUGUUCAAGGGUCAUCGCUGACCGCUUCAUUGAUGAGAAGGACAGAGAGACGUUUGAUGGCAUUUUAGAGAGGAUCACAGCACAGGAUCAUGGUCCUAGUCUUCUGGAGCAGGGGCCAUGGCAAGGGUAUUUUGUGGAUUUCCUGCGGGAUGCUCCAGAGAUGACGGGAGAGGAACCGGAAGACGCUGAAGAAGAAACACCAAAAGUCUAUGAGCCCAUUCCCACAUUCAAGGCUUUAUCUGAGCGCCUGUCUAUGUUUCAAGAGCAGUAUAAUGAAGCUGUUAGAGGAGCAGCCAUGGAUCUGGUCUUCUUUGAGGAUGCCAUGAUCCAUUUGAUGAAAAUAUCCCGUAUAAUCCGGACGGCUCGUGGGAAUGCACUACUGGUUGGAGUCGGAGGUUCUGGGAAACAGAGUCUCACCAGACUUGCAUCCUUCAUAGCUGGAUACCAGAGCUUUCAAAUCACACUGACAAGAACCUACAAUGUGAGUAAUCUAAUUGAGGACCUGAAAGCCCUGUACAGAAUUGCAGGUUUGGAAGGAAAGGGCGUGACCUUCAUCUUCACCGACAAUGACAUCAAAGAUGAAGCUUUUCUGGAGUACAUGAACAACGUUCUGGCAUCUGGUGAAGUCUCAAACCUGUUUGCCCGAGACGAAGUGGAUGAGAUCACCCAAAGUCUUAUUCCAGCCAUGAAGAAGGAUCUCCCACGCUGCCCACCCACCAUCGACAACCUCUACAACUACUUUCUAUCCAGAGUACGCAGUAACCUGCAUGUGGCUCUUUGCUUUUCUCCAGUUGGCGAGAAGUUGCGUUCGCGUGCCCUGAAGUUCCCCGGCCUCAUCUCUGGGUGUACUGUGGACUGGUUCCAGCGAUGGCCACGAGAUGCUUUGGUAGCCGUGGCUCAGCACUUCCUCUCCAACUAUUCACUGCGCUGCUCGGACGAGGUGAAGAGGAGUGUGGUGCAAACAAUGGGAACGUUCCAAGACAUGGUAGCUGAGAUCUGCACAGAGUACUUCCAGCGCUUCAGACGUCAGACCUAUGUGACGCCCAAAUCCUACUUGACAUUUAUUAAGGGUUACCAGAUGAUUUACACGGAAAAGAUUGAAAACGUUGGGGUGCUCGCUGAACGAAUGAACACAGGUCUGGAGCGGCUCAUGGAGGCUGAACUGUCAGUAAAUGAGCUUCGUGUGGAGCUGAGAGAGAAGGAGAAGGUGUUGGAGGUGGCUAAACAGAAAGCUGGUGAAGUUCUGCUGGAGGUCACAGCCAAGGCACAAGCUGCAGAGAAGGUGAAGGCUCAGGUCCAGAAGGUGAAAGAUAAAGCCCAGGCAAUCGUGGAUGAGAUUGAAGGGGACAAGAAGGUGGCCGAGUCCAAACUUGAGGCUGCCAAACCAGCAUUGGAAGCAUCCGAGGCGGCUUUAAAGACCAUCAAGCCUGCAGAUAUCGCAACAGUGCGUAAACUAGGAAAGCCUCCACAUCUGAUCAUGCGGAUCAUGGACUGUGUGCUGCUGCUGUUCCAGCGGCGGGUUGAUGGGGUCACCAUGGACCCUGAGAGACCCUGUGUGAAACCUUCAUGGGGUGAAGCUCUUAAACUGAUGAAUAACUCUGGAUUCCUUAGCAUGCUGCUCAACUUCAACAAGGACACUAUUACAGAAGAGGUGGUUGAGCUGCUCUCUCCAUAUCUGGCGAUGGAAGACUAUAACCUAGAAACAGCUAAAAGAACCUGUGGUAAUGUGGCAGGUCUCUGUUCAUGGACUGAAGCGAUGGUGGAAUUCUUUGGCAUCAAUAAGGAAGUUCUGCCCUUAAAGGCUAAUUUGAAGCUUCAAGAGGCUCGUUUGACUGUAGCACAGGAUGAACUAUCAAGAGCCCAGGAACAACUGGAUGCUAAGCAGAAGGAACUGGACGAUGCUCAGGCGAUGUAUGACGCUGCCAUGAAGGAAAAGCAGGACCUGCUAGAUGAUGCCGAGGCAUGCAAAAAGAAAAUGUCCAAUGCCGUGGCACUUAUAGAUGGACUUGGUGGAGAAAAGAUUCGCUGGACAGAGAGCAGUGCUCAGUUUGAGAGGCAAAUCAAAGAUAUGGUCGGUGACGUGUUACUUGCCACUGGAUUUCUGUCCUACUCUGGACCUUUCAACCAAGAGUAUCGAACUCUUCUCAUGCAACAGUGGAAGAAAGAGAUGGAUAGCAGGCACAUUCCUUACAGCGAGAACCUGAAUCUGAUCAAUAUGCUGGUGGAUAACGCCACUAUAGGAGAAUGGAACCUGCAGGGUCUCCCCAAUGAUGACCUGUCCAUUCAGAAUGGCAUCAUCGUGACAAAAGCUUCUCGUUAUCCUUUGCUGAUUGAUCCACAGGGCCAAGGCAAGAUCUGGAUCAAGAAUCGUGAACAGAGUAAUGACCUACAGGUGACAUCUCUUAACCACAAAUAUUUCCGAACUCACCUGGAAGACUGUCUGUCCCAGGGCAAACCUUUGCUCUUAGAGGAUGUUGGGGAAGAGCUUGAUCCAGUGCUGGAUAACAUUCUGGAGAAGAACUUCAUAAAGACUGGAAAAACCUCCAAAGUUAAAGUUGGGGACAAAGAAGUGGACGUGAUGGAGACGUUUACUCUGUACAUAACAACUAAACUGGCCAACCCCGCAUAUAGUCCAGAGAUCAAUGCGAAGACAGGAGUGGUGGAUUUUACUGUCACUAUGAAGGGCUUGGAAGACCAGUUACUCGGCAGAGUCAUUCUCAUAGAAAAAAAGGAAAUGGAGGCUGAACGUGUGAAGCUCUUGGAGGAAGUGACAUCAAACAAGAGGAAGAUGCAGGAGUUGGAGAGCAACCUUCUGUACAGGCUGACCAGCAUUCAAGGCUCUCUAGUCGAGGACGAGUCUCUUAUCGAAGUGCUCAAAGUCACAAAGACUACUGCACAGGAGGUGAGUCAAAAGCUGACAGUUGCUGCAGAGACAGAAAUUAACAUCAACCACGCUCGAGAGGAGUACCGUCCAGUGGCCACCAGAGGGAGCAUCCUGUAUUUCCUGAUUGUGGAGAUGAGUCUGGUCAAUGUGAUGUACCAAACCUCCCUCCGCCAGUUCCUGGGCAUCUUUGACAUGUCGAUGGAGAAGUCGCCGAAGUCUCAGGUUACAGCCAAAAGACUUGAAAACAUCAUGGAGUUCCUCACUUUCGAAGUGUUUCGCUACACAGCUCGAGGGCUCUAUGAAGAUCACAAGUUCCUUUUCACGCUGCUUCUGGCCUUGAAAAUAGACCUGCAGACCAAAAAUAUUUCCCACAACGAGUUGCAGACAUUCAUCAAAGGUGGAGCCUCUUUGGAUCUAAACUCUGUCGAGGCCAAACCAAAGCGCUGGAUCCUGGACACAACAUGGCUAAACCUGGUGCAGUUGUCCAGCCUGCACACAUUCGCCACUCUCCUGACCCAGGUGGGCCGCAACGACAGGGCUUGGAAAAGCUGGUUUGAUGAAGCCACUCCAGAAGAGUCUCCUCUUCCAGACGGUUAUGAGAGCCAGCUGGAUGCUUUCCGCAAACUGCUGCUGAUACGAAGCUGGUGUCCUGACCGCACUAUUGCACAGGCACGUAAAUAUAUUGCUGAAUCAAUGGGGGUGAAGUACGCAGAGGGAGUGAUUCUGGAUAUGGAGGCCAUGUGUUCAGAAGCAGAGAAGAGGAUACCUCUGGUCUGCUUUCUGUCUAUGGGUUCUGAUCCUACAGAGAACAUAGAUAGGCUCGCCAAGUCGAAGGGCAUUCCUUGCAGGCCGAUCUCCAUGGGACAGGGACAGGAAGUGCAUGCAAGAAGGCUUCUGGCACAGAGCAUGUCUGAUGGAGGCUGGUUACUUCUGCAGAACUGCCAUCUGGGAUUGGACUUCCUGGAUGAAGGUCUAGAGACAGUCACAACAACAGAGAACAUCCAUGACAAUUUUAGGUUGUGGGUGACUACAGACGUGCAUCCCAAAUUCCCCAUAAACUUCCUGCAGUCUUCUAUUAAAUUCACCAAUGAGCCUCCGCAAGGGGUGAAGGCUGGACUCAAGCGGACAUAUAAUAGUGUGACUCAAGAGCAGUUGGAGAUCACAAACAUGCCUCAGUGGAGACCACUUUUCUAUGCUGUGGCAUUUCUGCACACCACGGUCCAGGAGAGACGCAAAUUUGGUCCACUCGGCUGGAACAUUCCCUAUGAGUUCAACCAGGCUGAUUUCACCUCCAGUGUCCAGUUUGUGCAGAACCACUUGGAUGACAUCGACAUCAAGAGAGGAGUCAACUGGAAUUGCCUGCGCUACAUGUUGGGAGAGGUUCAGUAUGGUGGACGUGUCACAGACGAUAUGGACAAACGCCUGCUCAAUACUUUUGCUCGCAUCUGGUUUAGUGAGAGCAUGUUUGCGGACAAAUUCUGUUUCUACAAAGGAUAUACUAUACCAAAGGCCAGAAUGCUUCAGGAUUACCAUGCACAUAUUGAUGCUCUGCCAUUGGUUGAUACACCUGAGGUAUUUGGCCUCCAUCCCAACGCUGACAUCACUUACCAGACCAAUUUGGCUAAUGAUACCCUGAGUACCAUCCUCAACAUCCAGCCCAAAGACAGCAGCAGUGGAGAGGGCGAGACUAGAGAGUCGUCAGUCCAGAAAAUGGCCAAUGAGAUGUUAGAAAAACUUCCAGCUGACUAUGUGCCACAUGAGGUGAAAAGCAGCCUACAAAAAAUGGGAGCAUUCCAGCCCAUGACAAUAUUUCUCCGUCAAGAGCUUGACAGAAUGCAGCGUGUUAUUGGUCGUGUUCGCAGUACCCUCACUGACCUUAAACUUGCAAUUGAUGGGACUAUAAUAAUGUCAGAGGACCUCCGUGAUGCUCUGGACAGCAUGUAUGAUGCCCGUGUCCCCAAGUCCUGGCAGAAGAUCUCUUGGGAAGCUGCUUCUCUGGGUUUCUGGUUCACCGAGCUCCUCGAGAGAAACCAGCAGUUCUACAGCUGGACGUUCAACGGACGACCUCUUCAGUUUUGGCUUACAGGAUUUUUCAAUCCACAGGGCUUCUUAACAGCGAUGCGCCAAGAGACCACUCGAAUGAAUCUGUCUAAAGGCUGGGCUCUUGACACUGUCAUCCUACUUAACGACGUCACUCGCAUGAUGAAAGAAGAUGUUACAAGUCCUCCGCCUGCAGAUAUUGGCGGUGUCUACAUCUACGGCCUCUAUCUGGAUGGAGCCGGGUGGGACAAACGAAAUGUUAAACUGACAGAAUCGUCUCCAAAGGUACUCUUCAAUCUGUUGCCAGUUGUGCAUGUGUAUGCAGUGAGCAGCACCACAGAGUCCAAGAAGCCGGCCAUGAAUCUAUACUCCUGCCCAGUGUACAAGAAGCCAAGGCGGACUGACCUGACGUACAUCUUUUCACUGUUCCUCCGAAGCAGCCAGAACCCAGACCACUGGACUCUGAGGGGAGUCGCUUUACUCUGUGACUGUAAAUAAACCCUCAAUCUGCUGAGGCCUGAGGUAUUUUCACACAUGAACAAUGAGCGUGAACGUUUGAAGAGAAAUAUGUGCUUAUUAUAUCAUAAAAACAGAAAUCUGCUUAAUUCUAAGUGUUGUUUAAGAUAAAAUUGGUGAAACAUGUUGGUACACUUGAUUUUUUCAAUAAUAUGACUAUGGUUAUGUUCUUAUACUUGUAUUUUGUCCUAUGAAAUAAACAAUAAACAGCUUAAAAAUACAUAA